AUGGUUGCAUCUGAACUGCGAUAUGACAUGGAAAUGGAGGCCGCAAGCCUACAGUUGAGGAUUCCAAUGCUCAAUACUGAUCAACUCCAGUGCUUCAACACUAUUACACACAGUGUUGAAGAACGUUCAUCAGCCCUAUUUUUCAUACAAGGGCCUGCAGGUACUGGAAAAACAUUUCUCUAUAAUGUUAUCUGUAACCAUCUCCGUUCUCAAGGUAAAAUUGUUCUCUGCGUGGCUUCUUCCGGUAUUGCAGCACAGUUACUCCCUGGAGGCAGGACAUCGCAUUCAAGGUUCAAAAUUCCAAUUGCGAUACAUGAGACCUCAACCUGCGACAUAAAACGGGGCAGCCUCCUAGCCGGUUUGAUAGAACAGACUGCUCUGAUAAUCUGGGAUGAGGUACCUAUGCAGAAUAAGUACUGCUUUGAGGCUGUUAGUCGUACCCUGAAUGACAUUUGUGGAGUUGGUGAUGAUUCUCUGUUUGGAAAUAUUCCGAUCGUACUCGGAGGGGACUUUGCACAGAUUUUACCAGUUGUGCGGCGUGGUAAUCGAGCUCAGAUAGUGCAGGCCUGCCUUCAACGAUCAUAUUUGUGGCAGCACUUCAAAAUCUUGAGACUCAAAAUUAACAUGCGGGUUCGUGAAGGUGUUGUUAAUGAGGAGUUUGCGGAUUGGCUUGGUGGAAUGAUGCAUAAUGCUCAAUGGUACGGUAAAAUCUCUUUACCGCCGUUCAUUCAAAGCUGUAAAACAGUUGAGGAUCUCUGUUCGCAUGUCUUUCCACGGCGGAUAAUCGAAUCGGCAACCGUAAAUUACGCUGCGUUUUCAAAGCGCGCGAUUCUAGCGAUGCGAAACGAUACAGUCGCUGAGUUCAAUGAUAGGGUUUUACAAGAAAUUGAAGGCGAAAUUCAUACCUACUACUCAGCUGAUACAGUCGACAGCGAAAAUUCAGAAGAUAAUUCGAACCUACUACCUCCGGAAUACCUGCAGAAUCUGAAUCCAUCUGGACUUCCACCGGCAAUUCUCAAACUAAAAGUGGGGGCGCCAAUAAUUCUACUCCGUAAUUUGUAUCCGAAACAGGGUCUCUGUAAUGGGACGAGAAUGACUGUGACAAGGCUUGGUAGACGGUGCAUCGAAGCUAGAAUUCUGGGUGGUGAGUUUGAUGGCCAGCCAAAGGUUAUUCCACGCAUCCAGUUAUCAUCCGCUGAGGGUGAUCUCCCUUUCAUCAUAAUAAGAAGGCAAUUGCCUAUUCGGCUUUGUUUUGCAAUGACCGUCAAUAAAGCACAAGGUCAAUCAUUGGAUGUUGUUGGAGUUGACUUGCGGUCUGAUUCCUUCACUCACGGGCAGCUGUAUGUAGCACUAUCAAGAGUUACCGACGUGACCGGCUUGAUGGUAUUGCAAGGAGAGGAAAUGCAGCCACAAACCGAUAACAUCGUAUACCCGGAAGUGCUGUUGUAA